AUGAUACAGGACGGCCUUGAAACCCCUCGGCCGUUCGAGAAAAUUGUAAAACUUGGAUUGGAAUCGUCGGCAGCACGCGUCGCGUCGCGUGGCGCGGUAGCUGAUGGGUUUGCCGAGAAGAGACAUCCGCGGCGUCGCCAGCCGGUCGCCGCCCCCACGUUUACACUCACUGGAAGGACUUCAUUAUCACCGUGGAGAAUUGGAAAAUGA